GCGCGCCGCGGGGUCCUCCAAGAUGGCGGCGCAGAGGAGGAGCCUGCUCCAGAGUGAGCAGCAGCCGAGCUGGACAGAUGACCUGCCACUCUGUCACCUCUCUGGAGUUGGCUCAGCUUCCAACCGUAGCUACUCUGCUGAUGGCAAGGGCACUGAGAGCCACCCUCCAGAGGAUAACUGGCUCAAGUUCAGAAGUGAAAACAACUGCUUCCUGUAUGGAGUCUUCAAUGGCUAUGAUGGCAACCGGGUGACCAACUUUGUGGCACAGAGGCUCUCUGCAGAGCUCCUGCUGGGCCAACUCAACACAGAACACACCGAGGCUGAUGUGCGGCGGGUCCUGCUGCAGGCCUUCGAUGUGGUGGAGAGGAGCUUCCUGGAGUCCAUUGAUGAUGCCUUAGCUGAGAAAGCAAGCCUCCAGUCCCAGCUGCCAGAGGGUGUGCCCCAACACCAGCUGCCACCUCAGUAUCAGAAGAUCCUUGAGAGACUCAAGGCGCUGGAGAGGGAGACUUCGGGGGGGGCCAUGGCCGUUGUGGCAGUCCUUCUCAACAACAAGCUCUACGUUGCCAAUGUCGGUACGAACCGGGCCCUUCUCUGCAAAUCUACAGUGGAUGGGUUACAGGUCACACAGCUAAACAUGGACCACACCACGGAAAAUGAGGAUGAGCUCUUUCGUCUUUCACAGCUGGGUUUGGACACAGGAAAGAUCAAGCAGGUGGGCGUCAUCUGUGGACAGGAGAGCACCAGGCGCAUUGGGGAUUACAAGGUCAAAUAUGGCUACACUGACAUAGACCUGCUCAGUGCUGCCAAGUCCAAACCCAUCAUCGCAGAGCCGGAAAUUCAUGGUGCGCAGCCUCUGGAUGGUGUGACGGGCUUCCUGGUGCUGAUGUCUGAGGGGCUGUACAAGGCCCUGGAGGCAGCCCAUGGGCCUGGGCAAGCCAACCAGGAGAUUGCAGCAAUGAUUGACACUGAAUUUGCUAAGCAGACCUCCCUGGAUGCAGUGGCCCAGGCUGUGGUCGACCGUGUAAAACGUAUCCACAGUGACACCUUUGCCAGCGGUGGGGAGCGUGCCAAGUUCUGCCCACGGCAUGAAGACAUGACCCUGCUGGUGAGGAACUUUGGCUAUCCAUUGGGUGAAAUGAGCCAGCCUACACCGGCCCCAGCCCCAGGGGGGCGUGUGUAUCCUGUUUCUGUGCCAUACUCAAGUGCCCAGAGCACCAGCAAGACCAGUGUGACUCUGUCCCUCGUCAUGCCUUCUCAGGGCCAGAUGGUCAAUGGCUCUCACAGUGCCUCCACCCUGGACGAAGCCACUCCUACCCUCACUAACCAGAGCCCCACUCUGACCCUGCAGUCCACCAAUACACACACGCAGAGCAGCAGCUCCAGCUCUGACGGGGGCCUCUUCCGCUCCAGACCCGCUCACUCACUUCCUCCUGGAGAGGAUGGCCGCGUUGAGCCCUAUGUGGACUUUGCUGAGUUUUACCGACUCUGGAGUGUGGACCACGGCGAGCAGAGCGUGAUGACAGCACCUUAGUCUGGCCUCAGAGUACGGCCUUGGCAUGACUUUGUGUAGGCACAGAAGGCUAGUGCCAAGGCAGGACAAGCUCCUUGACCUUUGCAGGUGCCGUGGAACCAGUGGGCAGUGAGUCUGAUGUGCUGCAGGUUCUGUCCCACAGCACUGGAUUGUAGCCUGAGUGCACACUGCAUUGUUGGUCCACACAGGAGGCAGGAGUCCAGACCACAGGCAUCCUUAGAGAGGGCCAAGUGUGAAAGCUGCAGGUAGCUUAUAAACCAUCAAGAGUGCCUCCUGACAUAUCCAAAGAAUAGCAAGAAUCUGUCCUGUGGACUCCAACUACCACAGGCUAGACAGACAUUGCUCCCUCAAGACUGCUUUUCCUGCCUCAACCUCCCCUGGAAUAGCCUGUGACCUAUGCUAGUGUCCUUUGCACCGGAUGGCUAUUACCUUCCCAACUUUCAGCCUAAACUCCUAGAUCCAGAGAAGAAAACAAUGAGGGUGUGUGCCUGUCACUGGUUCUCACUGGACAAGUUCAAGGAAGCAGUGGGACCUGUAACAACCACAGGGGAGCACGACAGGGAAGGACCACAGAAAGCUGGCCAAGGAAUCCAGUCCUGGACUGCAGGACAGCCAGCUGGCAGCUGAGCUGACCAGGGAGCUGGCUUCCCAAUGGUGUGCAGAUGGUGAGACCUGGCCCACCAAGCAGCCAGUGUCUGCUGCUAGAUCCUGCCCCAGGGAAGGGCAGGCCAAAUCAGAAGCAAAUGCCUGCCGGCCUUUUUCCCAGCUGGUACUGGGGAGACGCUGAUGGGGAGUGCUGAGUGCAGCAGCCUCAUGCUGACGACGAAGCUGGUUGGCUCUGAGCUCUGCUGAAGGACAAGUAGAGGAUGGCUGUGAGAGAGAAGCUGAGGCUUGCCUACCCUGAAAGACCAAGAGCAUCAGAGAUGUGACGGUGCUGUGGACACGAAGGAGAAAGAUUGUGCAUGUCAGACCCUGACUUGGACCUGUUCAUUCACACAUUUUUUGCCUUCACUCAGGAGGGUUACCACAGCUGCCUGCAGCAUGGCCGACCCUGUGCUCAAAGGAGGAAGCAGACCAGGGUGGUCCCCUUGCCUGAGCCCUGCCCUCAGGAUUGGAGACUAAGCUCAGAUCUGUGUGGCUCUGUAACUAGUCUUUUGCAACCCUUUUCCUGCUGCAUCCAGCUGCUGGAAAGGGCAUCCAGUGUGUCUGCUGUUGGCAAAGGCAAGUUCAGAGCACUUCUCACCCAGAUUCAUUUCCCUCAGUGCCAAGGAGAAAUGGAUUCCUGGGGAAGUGGGUACAAGCCAAGGAGGAAAAAGCCUUCCUUGCUACUCCCCUAGGACGCCACCUCUGGCCUCUGCAGGUUUGUGGGGUUCAGCUGAUGCGCAGACUUGGGACAAAGGAGAUCCUCCCCCAGGAGUUUGAUGCUGUUUGGUCUCUAGAAAUAGAACCAUGUUCUUAAUGCAGUAAAGUAAAAGUGUUAGGUGUCA